UGGCCGCAACCAGUUCGUUCUAGCUUCCCUUCCCGUAGGGCAUGUAAGUGUACCGCAGUAGUGUAGGUACUUUGCCUGAAGCAACCACACGCGAUGAAGCUUCAAGGGCGUGGGGUUCCUGGCCUCGCUGUGUCGGUGGCCCGGCGAUGACGUAGAUGCAGUUGCAAAUCAAGAUGCUGUGUUGGGGCUUGGCGUUUCCAAAUUGCGGGGCGGCCACUGUCUCACUGCCCAGUUUUUGGUGAGGUCAGGACUCAGGAGGAAUUCGGAGGAUGCGGUCGUUCACCACCUCCAAACAACACUGUGAUUCGGCCGGAUUGGGAGGCCAUGUCUCAAUUCGACUGAAAAUCCAUUCCACCGUCACUGCCAGCCCAGUUCAACAGGCAAGCCGGACAGAUGCCGAAGGCACUUUUGCUCGGGCAGUCGCCGGUUUCCAACGACAUUGCUACUCCCGAAUUAGAUAUUUGAAAGUUGAGAUACUUCCCUUAACGAGAAGCUUAGCCGCUCUUCACACAGCCAUAAUCGUCCAGCAAUCCAAGUCGUCAACCGAAGCCCGCCCCUGUGGCUCUCUUUCCGCCGUGCGCAGUGCGGCGCUGGGCAGACCAUUUCGCCCGCAUCGACUCGCCCAGUCUGGCAAAUCAUCCAGCUCCCCGGAGACAAGAGCCAGACCGGAGAGCAUAAGAAAAAGCGGAGGCUUUGCGGUUGUUACGCGUCCUGCGCAUCCGAUGCUCCCGCGGUAAGCAGACGGGGCCGGCACAGCCACAGUCACGGCAUGAGCUGUCGCCAAUAGGGUCCGGGCCGUAAAUCGGUGUACAUACAUAGUGUAUGCUCCCCAUUAGCACAUGUAAAUUCUUCCGCGAGCUGAGCUGAAUGAU